GACGAGGCCGCUACGUCAAUCCCGAAGCGGCGGACAAAUGACCAUGGAAACAAUUGAAUCUCGGCAGGAUGGAAGUAUAACAGAUACCGUGGCAGAGAGUGAAUCUGCUCAUGUGCAGACGCAGACUGGUCAAAAUUCAAUCCCUACUUUAGCUCAGGUUUCUGUAGCUGGAUCAGGCACCGGAAGAGGCUCCCCAGCUGUAACUCUAGUACAGCUACCUUCAGGCCAAACUGUUCAUGUCCAGGGAGUAAUUCAGACCCCGCAGUCUUCAGUUAUUCAGUCACCACAAAUACAAACUGUUCAGGUAGCAACAAUUGCAGAGACAGAUGAGUCUGCAGAAUCAGAAGGUAUAAUUGAUUCUCAUAAACGUAGAGAAAUCCUAUCACGAAGACCCUCAUAUAGAAAAAUAUUGAAUGAGCUUUCCUCUGAUGUGCCUGGUGUUCCCAAGAUUGAAGAAGAAAAAUCAGAGGAAGAAGGAACACCACCUAACAUUGCUACCAUGGCAGUACCGACUAGCAUUUAUCAGACUAGCACGGGGCAAUACAUUGCUAUAGCCCAAGGUGGAACAAUCCAGAUUUCUAACCCAGGAUCUGAUGGUGUUCAGGGACUACAGGCUUUAACAAUGACAAAUUCAGGAGCUCCUCCACCAGGUGCUACAAUUGUACAGUACGCAGCACAGUCAGCUGAUGGCUCACAGCAGUUCUUUGUCCCAGGCAGCCAGGUUGUUGUUCAAGAUGAGGAAACUGAACUUGCCCCAAGUCACAUGGCUGCUGCCACUGGUGACAUGCCCACAUACCAGAUCCGAGCUCCAACCACUACUUUGCCGCAGGGAGUAGUGAUGGCUGCCUCACCAGGAAGCUUGCACAGCCCCCAGCAACUGGCAGAAGAAGCAACACGCAAACGAGAGCUGAGGCUAAUGAAAAACAGGGAAGCUGCUAAAGAAUGUCGACGGCGAAAGAAAGAAUAUGUCAAAUGUCUGGAAAGUCGUGUUGCAGUGCUGGAAGUUCAGAACAAGAAGCUUAUAGAGGAACUUGAGACCUUGAAAGACAUUUGCUCUCCUAAAACAGAUUAGUAGAAAUAUUUUCAUUAUGAACUGAUCACAACAUGUACAGUUGCUUUUGAAAGCAAUACAAUAUUUAGCCAGCAAGGAUUACGGCUUUUCUUCUUUGUAUCAUUCAUCAUAUGCUCUCAUCUCUAACAUUCCUGAAAUGUGCUUCACUGUACGUAGUUAAUUCUUAGCCGUCACAUCUAUUUUUUAAAAAAGGAGACAAACUAAAAAAAAUGUAUGUAACAAAUUCUUAAAAUACGAUAUUUGUAUGAUUUCCAAUGCUACGUAUUUGAAGUUCGUGAUCUCUGUGUCAUGAAUAGUGUCCUAUGCAAUAACUUUGUUUCCAGGUCUUUAAAAAUCAUUUUAGGAAAGGAUGAUCAAAGAGAACGCAUCCAGUUGUACAAUAAAAAUAAACCAUACCCCUCCCCAAAUACCUCAGGAAAGAAUUGAAAGAAUCUAAUGACAUGCCUUUAUGAAAAUUAUAGCCUAUAAAUGAAUUUAUGGCAUUUGCAGACUUUUAUAUUAGUUGCUUUGUAAAGAAAAGUAUUGUAUUGCUGUCCUUGAAUGCCAUAGUUGAAGAGAGUUUUUAAUAGAACCAUGUUGGUUAUACUUUGUAGUGUUUGGUGCUCAUUUAACUAUAUGAACCUUAACUCCGUUUUUACUCUAUUGUGUAAUAUAAAACUAUCUUCCAAAAGUG